AUGCAAGUUGCAUUUGCCCAGUCAAAUCUGGCAGGCCGUGCCAAGACUUGGGCACUGGGGCUCAAGCUGCACGACCCAUACGCGUUUGGGUCGUUGGAAGUCUUCAAGUCGCGGCUCAGACAAACGUUUGAACCGCCUAGAGCUGAGUUCAGAGCUCGAACCGAACUCUUGAAGCUCAAGCAGGGUAAGCGUGAUGUGCACGCUUACGCUCAACAUAUACGACAUCUCACGAGUUGUAUAAGUUCCAAUCCGGUGGAUGAACACACGUUGGUUUCGGUGUUCAUGCAGGGUCUUGCGGAUGGUCCCGUCAAGACUCACCUGUUCCGGCUUGAACUAGAUUCACUAGAACAAGCCAUUUCCAUUGCGGAGCAGGAAGACUUCAGUCUGAGACAGGCUCGCGCCAGCUCGACAUCAUAUCGUCAACCGAGACGAUAUGACAGCGGAGGUCCAGAGCCGAUGGAACUCUGUUAUGUAGAGAGCGAGAAGGCUCGCUCUACAGGCUACAAGAAGUUGCAGAGAUGCAACAGAUGUCAAAAGACAGGACACUACGCUUACGAGUGUAGUGCCCCUCGUCCAGUGUCUCGCGACACUGGGCGUAGUGACCGUCCACCCAUGAGAAAGGGGCAGGGACGAGGGUCCGCAGUUGGUGCAAAGACGCAACAACGGGAUGGACCGUCAAAAAACGGACAGGAUCAGUAG